AUGGCUCCCAAGAUCGCUAAAGACAUGACCGAGCUCAUCGGCAACACGCCGCGUGAUGAUGACAACAAGGGCGUCUCUGGUACUAGCAGCGAAGAGGACGCUGCUGCUACCAAUUUGGGCGCAGGUUGUCACGCCAAGAUCGCCGUCAAGUGCGAGUUCAUGGAGCCCUGUGCGUCUGUGAAGGACCGUAUCGGUCUGAGUAUGAUCCUGGACGCCGAGAAGUCCGGUCGUCUGCACAAGGACUCGCAUAUCAUCGAGCCUACGUCUGGCAAUACCGGUAUUGGUCUCGCCUUUGCGUGUGCCGUGCGUGGCUACAAACUGACGCUGGUGUUGCCCGAUACCAUGUCGAUGGAGCGUCGUAUCCUCCUCAAAUCGUUCGGCUGCGACGUGGUCUUGACCCCUGGCGCUAAGGGAAUGACUGGAGCGUCGGCUAAAGCCAAGGAAUUGGUGGCCAAGGAGCCUGAGAAGGCUCUGAUCCUCGGCCAGUUCGACAACCCGGCCAACCCGCAGAUCCACUUCGAGACUACCGGUCCGGAGAUCUGGCGUGAUACCGACGGGGAGAUCGAUAUCUUCAUCGCUGGGGUCGGUACUGGUGGUACCUUGACCGGUACUGGUCGGUAUCUCAAGCCUAAGAAAGAAAGUAUUAAGAUCAUUGCCGUCGAGCCCGAGGAGAGCCCCGUGCUCUCUGGCGGUAAGUCGGGGCCGCAUAAAAUCCAAGGCAUUGGCGCUGGAUUCGUGCCCAAUGUCCUGCAAACCGACCUGAUAGAUGAGGUCGUGACCGCUAACAGUGCCGAGGCGUUUGCUAUGUCCAAGCGUCUGGCGUUGGAGGAGGGAAUCUUGGUGGGCCCGUCGUCGGGUGCCGCUGUGACGGCUGCGAUUAAGGUGGCGUCGCGUCCGGAAAACGCUGGGAAGCUGAUUGUUGCCAUCUUGCCGAGCUUCGGCGAGCGCUACCUGUCGACUGCGCUGUUUGAGAAGGAGCGCGAGUUCGCUCAGAACCUGCAGACGUCGGAUAUUGAGGCGUAAAAGUGUAUGAACCUCGGAAUGUUGGUGUAAAUUUUGUGAAAGA